GCUCCACUCCGGCUGGCGCCGCCGCCUCGCGCGCUCCUGCUCCGCCGCCGCGGUCUGGGGGCUGCUGGUCCCGAGUACCAUGUGUGACGGCGCCCUGCUGCCUCCUCUGGUGCUGCCCUUGCUGCUGCUGCUGGUCUGGGGACUGGAUCCGGGCACAGCUGCUGCACCUGCCGGCCUUCGGGCGCGACCUGUACCUGCAGCUGCGCCGCGACCUGCGCUUCCUGUCCCGCGGCUUCCAGGUGGAGGAGGCGGGCGCCACCGGGCGCCGCGGACGCCCCGCCGCCGAGCUCUGCUUCUACUCGGGCCGUGUGCUGGGUCACCCGGGCUCUCUGGUCUCGCUCAGCGCCUGCGGCGCCGCCGGCGGCCUGGUGGGCCUCAUCCAGCUUGGGCAGGAGCUGGUGUUGAUCCAACCCCUCAACAAUUCCGGAGGCCCGUUCAGUGGACGAGAGCAUCUGAUCAGGCGCAAAUGGUCCCUGAGACCCAGCCCAUCUGCCGACACCCAGGUCCCUGGGCAGCUCUGCAAGGUGCUGACAGAGAAGAAGACGCCCAGAAAGGCCAGGCCGUCCCGGGUGUGGCGGGAGCGGAGGAACGCCAUCCGGCUCACCAGCGAGCACACGGUGGAGACCCUGGUGGUGGCGGACGCCAACAUGGUGCAGUACCAUGGGGCAGAGGCUGCGCAGAGGUUCAUCCUCACUGUCAUGAAUAUGGUAUACAAUAUGUUUCAGCACCAGAGCCUGGGAAUUAAAAUUAAUAUUCAAGUUACCAAGCUUGUGCUGCUACGACAGCGUCCUGCCAAGUUGUCCAUUGGGCACCACGGGGAGCGGUCCUUGGAGAGCUUCUGUCACUGGCAAAAUGAGGAAUAUGGAGGCGCGCGGUACCUCGGCAACAAUCAGGUCCCAGGGGGAAAGGAUGAUACCCCUCCCGUGGAUGCUGCUGUGUUUGUGACCAGGACAGAUUUCUGCGUUCACAAAGAUGAGCCAUGCGACACUGUUGGAAUUGCUUACUUAGGAGGUGUGUGCAGUGCUAAGAGGAAAUGUGUGCUUGCCGAAGACAAUGGUCUCAAUUUGGCCUUUACCAUCGCCCAUGAGCUGGGCCACAACCUGGGGAUGAGUCACGAUGACGAUCACUCGUCCUGCGCUGGCCGGUCCCACAUCAUGUCAGGAGAGUGGGUCAAAGGCCGGAGUCCCAGUGACCUGUCUUGGUCCUCCUGCAGCCGAGAUGACCUUGAAAACUUCCUCAAGUCCAAAGUCAGCACUUGUUUGUUGGUCACUGACCCAAGGAGCCAGCAUGCAGUGCGCCUCUCUCACAAGCUGCCUGGCAUGCACUACAGCGCCAACGAGCAGUGCCAGAUCCUGUUCGGCACCAACGCCACCUUCUGCAAAAACAUGGAGCAUCUGAUGUGUGCUGGACUGUGGUGCCUGGUAGAAGGAGAUACGUCCUGCAAGACCAAGCUGGACCCUCCCCUGGAUGGCACCGAGUGUGGGGCAGACAAGUGGUGUCGAGCAGGGGAGUGUGUGAGCAAGACUCCCAUCCCGGAGCACGUGGACGGAGACUGGAGCCCAUGGGGCAGCUGGAGCAUGUGCAGCCGGACGUGUGGGACAGGAGCGCGCUUCCGGCAGAGGAAAUGCGACAACCCCCCCCCUGGGCCUGGAGGCACACACUGCUUGGGUGCCAGCGUGGAGCAUGCGGUCUGUGAGAACCUUCCCUGCCCUAAGGGUCUGCCCAGCUUCCGGGACCAGCAGUGCCAGGCUCACGACCGACUGAGCAGCAAGAAGGGCCUGUUGACAGCAGUGGUGAUUGAUGAUAAGCCUUGUGAGCUCUACUGUUCACCCCUCGGGAAGGAGUCACCGCUGCUGGUGGCCGACAGGGUCCUAGAUGGCACGCCCUGCGGACCCUAUGAGACGGACCUCUGUGUGCACGGCAGGUGCCAGAAAAUUGGCUGUGAUGGCAUCAUUGGGUCUGCGGCCAAGGAAGACCGGUGUGGCGUCUGCAAUGGGGAUGGCAAGACUUGCCGCGUGGUGAAAGGUGACUUCAGCCACUCCCGGGGGACUGUCAAGAACAGUCUUUGUACGAAGGUGUCCACAUGUGUGAUGGCAAAGGCGAUUCCCAAGUGUUUCUCAUGUUAUAUCGAAGCUGCUAUUAUUCCUGCUGGAGCUCGGAGGAUCCGCGUGGUAGAAGAUAAACCGGCUCACAGUUUUCUGGCUCUCAAAGACUCCAGUAAGAGAUCCAUCAACAGCGACUGGAAGAUAGAGCUCCCGGGAGAGUUUCAGAUCGCAGGCACAACUGUCCGCUACGUGAGAAGGGGGCUGUGGGAGAAGAUUUCCGCCAAGGGACCAACCAAAACACCCCUGCAUCUGAUGGUGCUGUUAUUUCACGACCAGAAUUAUGGGAUUCAUUAUGAAUACACCAUUCCUGUGAACUUCACUGCUGAAAAUCAAAGUGAACCCGCCAAGCCACAGGAUGCCUUGUUCCUCUGGACCCACAGUGGCUGGGAAGGGUGUAGUGUGCAGUGUGGAGGAGGGGAACGCAGAACCAUCGUGUCAUGCACACGGAUCGUUAACAAAACCACAACUCUGGUGAAUGACAGUGACUGUCCUCAAACAAGCCGCCCUGAGCCCCAGGUCCGAAGGUGCAACUCACACCCAUGCCAGUCACGGUGGGUGGCAGGCCCAUGGAGCCCCUGCUCAGCAACCUGUGAGAAGGGUAUCCAGCAUCGGGAGGUGACGUGUGUGUAUCAGCUACAGAAUGGCACACAUGUUGCUACACGCCCUCUUUACUGCCCGGGUCCCCGACCAACACCAGUGCAGAGCUGUGAAGGCCAAGACUGCCUGUCCAUCUGGGAGGCAUCUGAGUGGUCACAGUGCUCUGCCAACUGUGGUAAAGGGACGCAGAAGCGAACAGUGACGUGUACCAACUCCCAAGGGAAAUGCAAUGCAUCCACGAGGCCGAAAGAAGAGGAGCCGUGUGAAGACUACUCAGGCUGCUAUGAGUGGAAGACAGGGGAUUGGUCUAAGUGCUCGUCCACCUGUGGGAAGGGGCUGCAGUCCCGUGUGGUGCAGUGCAUGCACAAGGUCACCGGGCGUCACGGCAGCGAGUGUCCCACCCUCUCGAAGCCAGCAGCCUACAGACAGUGUCACCAGGAGGUCUGCAAUGACAAGAUCAACGUGAACACCAUCACUUCGCCUCGCCUGGCUGCACUGACCUACAAAUGCACCCGGGACCAGUGGACAGUGUAUUGCCGGGUCAUCCGAGAAAAGAACCUCUGCCAGGACAUGCGGUGGUACCAGCGCUGCUGCCAGACCUGUAGGGACUUCUAUGCAAACAAGAUGCGCCAGCCACCUUCACCACCGAGCUCAUGACGCAUGGCCCGGGAGUGGCUUCACAGUCAGACUGGAGGUCUGAAGCCUGGCAUUCAGUGAGCGGAGAGCACAGCAGCCCUGCCGCCAGGCUCCCCAGAGCGCACCCCUAAGAGUGCCCCAAGAAUCCAACUGCUUAGAACUUGAGAGUGGACUUAACAGUGCCCUUAGUACUUAAUAUAUUGUUAGCAGCCACUGGAUGGCUUUCUGCAGCAAGGAAAAAAUAGGCAUGAGUCACAAAGUAAUUGUAGUUUCUAAGAUGCGUGUACCUCCAAGGGGAACCCCUCUGGCAGACAGUUGUCAAAAGAGAGAGUUUGGUCCUCCUGCCCUGGGGGCACAUCCUGAAACCAAGACAUUGUAAGUCAGAAGACGCCUUUGAAAGCCAACAGUUCCUGGGAGAGGAGGAGAGAUGGCAGCAGACCUUUGCUGAUGGCUUCUCUGGAUGGGGCCGGACUCCCAGAGCCGACAUUCCUUUUAUUCUGUCUUUCCGACAACACUAUUUUGCCUCUCCGCCCAUCUGCAAGAACAUACAUAUAUUCCCCAAAUCCUGGGUCUUGCCUUGCAAGUCUUAUCCCUGAGAAGUUAAAUCUGCAUAGACCAAGGAGAAUGCCAGCACCACACAGGUCUCCACCCCAUCUCUGUGGGGAGAGCAUUCCAGAAGGUCUGGGGAGGCAUCUACUUUUCAGAGCUCCGCUGUCUACUACAUAGGGGAAGAAGAGCCUCUCUUCAAGGUGCUGUGAAAGGACACGUGUGCCAACGGUGGUGACAGGACUGCUUCCUCACACAGGUGAGCUUGCACAGCUUUGUCGGAGCGAAGCAGCCCUCACACUCUGUCUUGGGGGGGGAGCCACCCCAACCAGCACUCCACAAAGCUUUGUUCCUCACAGACACUGUGUCACAGCCCAGUAGCUUACGGAGGACCUUGGCUUUUUCUCUGAACCUCUGAGGACACAGCCUGUGUGCUGUAAGGCAGGUUUCCUCUUGCCUGGUGGGCCAGGACCCGUGCGGGGACACCGCCUGGCUGGAAUGGUUACAUGCCCACUACGGCUUCCCCCAGCCCAGACUCCAUGGUACCUGCCAUGCUGCCACUAAUGACCCAUUUCCUUAGUGAGGCGAGGAUGGUGCUCGGAAGACAUGAAGAAGUCCUUUCUCCCAGUCCCCUCCUCCCAGAGCGCUUCCUUCUCCAGGAGGCCAGAGAAGUGACCAGAGUGGCCUCGUGGGGAGCGCAGCAGAUGGUGGAACACAGGCUGCCCGGGAGGCCUGGCCUGGAGCCCGUUUUGCUCACCCACCUGGUGGGCGUUUCAUGGGUGCUUUUGUUCUUUUUGACUUUUUACCUGGAGAAACACACCUUUCCCACCCCACCCCCCUGGUUUCGGACAGAGGCUCUUCCUUGGGCCAGUUCCAUGGAAUAGUCUCAAGUGCUUCUUGAUUUAUUGGUGCUGUUUUGUUUUUAAUUUUUGCUGUCCCAGAGCAGAGAAGCGGGAGGGAUGGCAGGAAAUUCACUUGAUUCCACUUGAAUCGAUGAGUGCUGAGAGCGUUCUCCGGGUGCUCUGUGGAGUAAGCUGGGAGAAUGUCAGGAUGGAGGCGGAGGAGCCACCUGCAGGGUAACCCUGCAGCGGACACCCCAGGGAUGGUGUGAAACCCCGCUCCUGGCAGACGCCCCAAACCCACUCCCACAAAACCGUCAGAUUCUAGGGAGCCAGGGGAGGUCAGUAUUCUCCCAGCCCAAAAUGUGCUGUUUGUUCACCAAGAGACAGUAGCAGUUCGGAGCAAAGAAGCAGAGCUGGGGCAGCCAUGGUGGCCUCCCUUGCUCAGCCCGCGGGGCCCGCCAGAGGGGGCGAGAGCAUGCACGUGCCCGUGGCGCACACGUCCCCUGGCCACCCUGACUGCACUUCCGCAGCAGGAGCCCCACACCCUCAGAGUGAACACGAUUCAGUUGUUAGCGAACACCCUAUGGUUCUCCAAAGCCCGCGUCUCUCUUCAGCUCCCUUAACUCGUGCUGACGUCACUCUGAACGCCACCAGCUCACCACCUGCUCAUGGCAGCGGCCAGACACCAUCGUGGUAUUCUUGCUCCACUCUGUGACGUCUCUGCGCUAACAAUACCUUGCACUGUUGCCCCAGUACUGUACCUUUGUGGUCACACAGGUGUGUCAGUAAUGAGCAUCUUGUGAUCUUAUGGUGCUAUUUUAAUUGGUGCCGAUGAAACCCUCUUGGUUGACUGUGGCUUGCUGUCCUCAGAAGACAGGAGAAGAUCCUCAAUGCCAAUCACAUUGUUGCUCUUUCUCUCUUUUCACUGCAGAGUCAAAUGUAUAUAUUUUCCAUUAGUUAACUGACAUUAUGUACUGUACCCAUGGUAUUUUUUUGUUUUACUUUUUGGUGCUGGUUUUGAAAGAAAAAAAAAAAAAGACAACCAUUGGAUGCCAUUAUACAUGAAAAAUUAAUCAUUUCGUUGGAAGCAAGUUGAACAUGUGUAAUAAAAUGUUUUUCCAUAACA